ACGCGUUAGCACCACCAGGAGCCCGAGGAAACAAGGCAAAGGAAAGAGGAGGAAGGAACGACCGCACCAAAAAAAAGAAAAAGGACAACACACAGACACACACACACCGCAGAAGCCAGGCUACUACGGGUAUUCCUCCCAUUAGCUCCGUCUGAACGCCCGUUUCUCAGCCUCCAGGAUGUCGGAGCGAGGAGGGCUCCCGCGGACUGGGGGCGUCCCUUCGCCGCACAUGCAGCCCUCCAAACCGGUCAGCAUCAGCUCCAACCGGCCGGUCCACAUGAACCUGUACGCCACCUGGGAAGUGGACCGCUCCUCGCCCAGCUGUGUGCCGAGGCUGUUCAACCUGACUCUGAAGAAGCUGAUCAUGCUGAAGGAGCUGGAUAAAGACCUCACCUCCGUGGUGAUCGCCGUCAAACUGCAGGGCUCCAAGCGGAUCCUGCGCUCUAAUGAGAUCCUGCUGUCCUCAGCGGGGCUGACAGAGACCGACCUACAGCUCACCUUCUCCCUGCAGUACCCACACUUCCUUAAGAGGGACGCCAACAAGCUUCAGAUCAUGCUGCAGCGACGGAAGCGAUACAAGAAUCGCACAAUCCUGGGAUACAAGACGCUGGCUUUGGGCCUCAUCAACAUGGCCGAGGUGAUGCAGCACCCCAGUGAAGGGGCCCAGGUCCUGGGGCUCCACAGCCAGGUGAAGGACGCCUCGGUGCCCGUCGCUGAGGUCAGGGUCUACUCCCUGUCCAGCCAGCCCAUCGACCACGAGGGACCCAAGGCCAAAAUGUCUGAUCGUUCUCCUGACAUCGACAACUACUCCGAAGAAGAAGAAGAGAGCUACUCGUCAGAGCAGGAGGGCAGCGAUGACCCCAUUCAUGGGCAGUAUCUCUAUGAUGAAGAGGAGGAGGUGAGGAAGAAGAAGCCGAGGCGCAAGCUCCCCUCCAACGCCGUCAUCACUAGACAACCCAACAUCAAGCAGAAGUUUGUUGCCUUGCUGAAAAGGUUUAAAGUCACUGAUGAGGUUGGUUUUGGCCUGGAGCACGUGUCCAGGGAGCAGAUCCAGGAGGUGGAGGAGGACCUGGACGAGCUCUACGACAGCCUGGAGAUGUACAACCCCAGCGACAGCGGGCCGGAGAUGGAGGAGACUGACAGCAUCCUCAGCACACCCAAACCUAAACUAAGGCCAUUCUUCGAGGGAAUGUCCCAGUCCAGCUCGCAGACGGAGAUCGGCAGCCUGAACAGCAAAGGCAGUUUGGGCCGAGACACUUUCAGUCCGCAGGGGGAGCAGCCUCCAUUAGAGAAGAUGAAACCCUCCCGCAGCCGCAACCUGGAGGAGGCCCUGUCUGAGACUGAUACACUGGAGCUAACAGAUCAGGAGCUGUUCGCUGAGGUGGGGCCCUGCAUCACGGUUUCCGUGGCAGAGAAACCCCGUACACCCAUGAAGAGCAGCAAAAGUGAAACGCAGACCAUGCCGUCACCAAGGCUGGACGGAGGCCACACACCCCGACAGAAGCGCAGCACCACUCCCAUGAAGGAGAGACAGCUGUCCAAACCUCUGAGCGAACGGACCAACAGCUCGGACUCCGAGAGAUCCCCGGAGCUGGGGCACAGCACGCCGGUCCUGAGAAAGGCGGUGUACGACCAGCUGAACCACAUCUUGUUGUCGGACUCUGCGCUCCCAGAGAGCCUGAUCCUAGUCAAUGGCACGGACUGGCAGGGGCAGUAUGUUACAGAGCAGCUCCAAGUACAGAGACACCCGGUGGUCUGCACGUGCUCGGCGGCCGAAAUCCAGGCGGUGCUGUCUGCUGUGCUCACCCGCAUCCAGAAAUUCUGUAACUGUAACUCCUCCAUGCCCCGAGCGGUGAAGGUGGCGGCGGUGGGCACCCAGAGUUACCUCGGAGCCAUCCUGCAGUUCUUCGUCACUCAGCUCGCCAACAAGACGUCCGACUGGCUCAACCACAUGCGCUUCCUGGUGGUGCCUCUAGGCUCACAUCCGGUUGCCAAGCACCUCGGCGCCCUUGACAACCGCUACAGCUCCUCUUUCCUGGACGGGGCAUGGAGAGACGUGUUCAGCCGCUCUGAGCCGCCGCAAACAGACCAGUUGGAUGUUGCGGGAAGGAUCAGCCAAUACAUCAGCGGAGCCACCGUCACACAUCAGCUGCCCAUCGCCGAGGCCAUGCUCACCUGCAAACACAGGACACGAGAUGAAGACUCUUACCAGAAAUUCAUUCCUUUUAUUGGGGUUGUGAAGGUUGGUCUCAUUGAGUCUGGUCCUUCUCCAACAGGGGAUACAGAGGAGGGCGUGGCUGUGAGUUUGGCCGUCCCCUCCACGUCUCCCCCCUCCCAUGGCUCCCCCACAGGGAUGAUUAAAGAGGCAGCCACUCCCCCCUCCUCCCCCUCCAUGGGCAGCGUCCUGACAGUACAAGGCAGUCCCAGUAUGUCUCACGGCGUGGAUGCCAUCGGCCUGCAGGUGGACUACUGGCUGGCCUCGCUUGCUGAGAAGCGGCGGGAGGGCGAGCGGCGCGACACGGGCUGCAAGAACACACUGAAGAGCGCCUUCCGCUCGCUGCAGGUCAGCAGGCUACCAGGCGGGAGCAGCAGUGAUCCACAGGCCCAGGUCAGCACCAUGGCCAUGACCGUGGUCACCAAGGAGAAGAACAAGAAAGUCCCCACCAUCUUCUUGGGGAAGAAGCCCAAGGAAAAGGAUGUAGACUCAAAGAGCCAGGUCAUUGAAGGCAUCAGCCGACUCAUAUGCUCCGCCAAGCAGCAGCAGACCAUCCUGAAAGUGUCCAUAGAUGGCGUGGAGUGGAACGACGUUAAGUUCUUCCAGCUGGCCGCCCAGUGGCCUACUCACGUGAAAUACCUACCUGUCGGACUUUUCGGCUACAGCAAGCCCCCCUCCUAGGGGUGAGCGCCUCUCGACUCGUCUGACCCAGACUUGACCUUUGACUCUCCUCGAUCCUGUCACAUCCUUCACGCACAGACGCUGCGUCUCGGCACCGACAGAGCUGAGAGAAGACGUCGAGUGGCUGGACUAUUUUUUUCUUUCUUUAAUUUCAUGUUCGCUACAGUCGUCUUAUUUCUCUUUGGGGGGGUAUAGGAGGAAGGUGGUGUUGGGGUGCAGCGCUGUUACUAGUCACUUUAAUGCCCCUUUCAGUGCGUGUUUGUGUGUGUGUGUGUGUGUGUGUGUGUGUGUGCGUGUGUGGCGAGUUUGCAUGCACACGUGAAUGUACAGUACGUGUGUGUGUGUGUGUGUGUGUGUGUGUGUGUGUGUGUGUGUGUGUGUGUAUUUACAAGGGGCUUACAGCACAAGUUUAUUAGCUAACUGCCAUUUAUGUUUCCGUUCUAUGGAAUGCAAUAGCAUGCAACAGCUCACUGAUUUCAAGCCCUUAAAGUCCGACCCCUCAAUUUUUGACCCCUGACCUUUGGUGAAACCCCUGAAGGUCACCUCACUGACCCGAUCCACAUGUGCAUGCGCCGAACUAACAGACACACCACUCGUGCUGGAAACAUUGACUCAUUGUUUGCAUGAGCCAAUGAAAACACAAAGAAAAAGUCUCCUCUGCUCACAAAAUGCAGUCGAUAAAAGGCUGGCAUGUGAUGAAUUUCUCCUCCACGUAUUCCACAUCAACAGUACAGCUGCCCUUCAAAACAGGCCCAGUCUUUUUUUAUUUUUUUAUUUCAAGGGCUUCCAUAUAAAACUUUUAAAUAUUUUUUCUGUACCAAAAUAAGUCAUUUGGAUGUCUAAUGCCAAAAGUUUCCUUUCAAAAAAGAAAAAAAAGAAAAUAUAUAAAGGGGAAGCGUCUUUUUUUUUUUAUUGUGCUCUAGUGAAAAAAAGUAAAAGCUUCCCUUUAAUGCUGUUUUGUGAUGCAUAGUGUACGUUUUUGUGAAGUUUUCCAGGAUUUCAGGGCAGGGGCUAAUGUAAUGUAUGCACCUAUGAGUACACGUGGACCAUCUGGGUGUUUGCAGCUGGUAAAAAUAGAUUAACCCUCAUAACAGCAGAUCCAACCAAAUAUGCAACAGGAAACGGAAACAACAAAAUGCAGAUUUAAACAGUCCAAAACGUGGCAGGGUUGAUGGGAAUAUGAUGGGAAAAGUGUUUUGUCCCCCCCCCCCUUUUUUUCAGCGUAAACACAGCUUUUCAAUGAGUAUUUAUAACAGAAGAGUGGGAGUUAAUCACCCGCAAUAAAGCACAAUGUUAUCGCCAGCUGUCCCCAAAAUAUCCUGUCUUUAUUGGCAACAGACCAGCAGUCUUCUCUUCGGUGAAAACAGCAGACCUGGUCAGACGUUAAAUUCUUUGAGAAUUCCCCUUUCUCUUAAAACUCCUUAACAACCUUCAUUUUAUCAGAAAAAACAGUGUUUGGGUUUCAGUUAUUUUGUCACAGGUCUGCUACAUGCUUUUUUCCAGGAUGUCGUGAGGUGAUUAGCGAGUGUACAGUAACUGGUAACAAGUGAGUGUAUAUAUGGCGAAAUAAAUGCAAUGUGGUCAGAAACCUUAAAAAAAAAAAAAAAAAAAAAAUCACUAAAUAGGAGAAAUACUUUUGCUGCCAUGUGACAGAGGGCAUGCGAUAUGUUUGUGUGUGUGCGUGUGUGUGUUUCUCUGUAUGUGUGCGCACGUGUGUGUGUGUGUGUGUGUGUUGGAAUGGUGUGUUGUUGAUGUGGUGAUUAUGAGAUCAGGGCUACAAAAGCUGCAGUGGUGGUUUUGUUUACUUUGUUGCCUGGCACAAGGCAAAUGCAGAUUUUUUUUUUUUGUCCCACCAGUAAGCAAAAAAAAAAAAAAAUGACAAAGAUAUUCAGGUUUAUUGAAAUUAUUUGAUUGAAAAUUCAACUGUGGUAAAAAUCCAAGAAUGUGUCUGGAUCAGUGGUUUAUAACAAUUGUUAAAAAAAGCAAUCCUUUAAAAGCAACGCUCACCAGGCCUGUGUAGCUCUGCCUUGUGUCACCUGCAUCGUAACACCUCUCCACUGCCAUCUCCAGUGAAGUAUUAGCAAAAUAUUUUUAAUAGUGUUAAUGCCAUUGUCUUGAUUUAAACGCUGUUCUUGUUUGAUAAUAGAUUAGAAAGUUUUUAUUCCCGUGUCGAUAUUACAGUGUUACAGUUGUGAUGUCAGCGGCAUGUCUCGGACUCGGCUCAUUUUUCUGUUGGACAGCACCUGUAACGCGAGGUUGCACGCUGAAGGGUGUCAGAGCUCGCCUGUCUGUUCACUCUCUGUUUAGUCAACAGCUCAUCUGUUGCCACUGAACAAACACUCGGUUUGGUGUUGAUUUGAUUUUUAAGUACCUUGGAAUAUUUGAAUGUAUUGACUUUAGUUUACAUAUGCUGUCUUACAUCUUUGUGAACGUCUGGUUUUAGGGACCUAGUAGAGUUAUUGGUCACCAUAAUAUAAUUAUUUAGUGUUAAUUGAACUGUUGACAGACACUUUUUUUUUUCCAACUUUUCUAUGUGAUCAGCAACAACAACAAAAACAAACUCUUGAACGCAGCCUCCUUGAAACCUGAAAUUUUCUCACUGUUUGCUGACAGCCAGUCAAGGGCUUGAGAGACGGAGCCUGAGCAAACAGAGAGCGUUAGCUUCCAAAAAGAGGCUGGGUUGGAAUUAUUCCUGAAUAUCAGUGAGUGUUGAUGUACUGUAGUUUGAUGUAGAGGUUACCUGAUCCAAAAUUAGAUAUUUUGGUAUUUUGGUACCACUUAAAUAACCCAUACUUAAAAAUGCUUUAUAAUUUUUCCACUAAUGACGUUUAUUAAUGUUAAUAAAUACUUUUUAAAAUUGCAUUCAAUUUCAGGAUUGAGUUGCUAUAAUGCAUGAAUGAAAAUAACUUUUGUGUUGCCAGGUUUUGAGACAAAACAUCCGUGUAGUAUCCCUUUGGCUAGUGUAUAAUAUAUCCUCAUCUUGUUUUUAAAGCUGCACUAAUGAAUAAUUUUAUAUUAACAAUGGGUCAAAUGACUCCGUCUAAUGUGAAAGUGGUGACUUGUAGGGACAAAGCCACAGAGAAUUAUCACCCAACUCUGUAGUUCCCCUCAGCUCUACAUGGCGAUUUUAGCCUCUUUCAGCUCAUUGUUUUGGUUUUUGGGCCCACAGUUUUACUGUUUUGGUUCACUCUCGUGGCUCUCAUCAGCCUCAUUCCCUGUUUUCUGGAAAACUCUCUGAUAACCCCACUGUACACUACCUGCCCAGCACCAAACUACAGAAAAAGUUUGCGAUUAGUUUGGUGAACACAGUGGAUCAUUGAUCAGCUAAAGAGCCAGAUAUUUCCCUCUGGAGGUGGUAGAGAUCACAAAACAGUGAGUGAAUGCUCGACUUAGAUUCAUCAAGUGGCCAGAAACAUGAGUCUAUGCUAAUGUUACUCUUUUGUCUUACAUCAUUUUAACUUUUAAUAAUUCAUAGUAGCAACUUACUACAUUUUUAAGUAUGCUUUAUUAUGAAAGGGUACCACAUUUGUAAAUUUGCCAAAUUGAUUUGAAAAAUAAAAAUCUUUCCAAAAAUUAUACAGCAUUUUGGAAAGAAAUCCUCAAUUUUUUUUUUAACUAAUGCAUUAAACAUGGAGGGUUUGUGAUCUGCUGUUAGAAUCGACCUCCGCUAAUUAAAACUGCUCUUUGCCUUGUAGUGUUGUUAGUCAAAUUAUUGCAGUGUUGUGAAUCUAAACUUUUCCUAAAUUGUAUAAAGUGAUUGUUUAUUGAUGCCUCUUUUGCGUUCGCUCGCUCACUGAUUGAACCGAAAUUGAAAUCUGAAAUAUGCCACUGAAAGAGAGGCAUUAAAGACAAAAUCACUGCCAAACCUAAGAUGUGAAAAAAAUGUGACUAUAUUCAGAUAGAUUUGUGGGUUUUUUUGGGGGGGGUGCUGAUAACUUAAAACACAUUAACAACAAAGUGAUCCUUGUUUUUAUGUCGUCAUUUCAGUGUUUGAAGGAACCGAAUGCUGUUUCCAUUGCAGCCACGUUUUGCAGUUUUUCUUGUCUUUGUCACCUUUGCACCAUUCUUCCCUUCAUUCUUACCAUUCACUAAAGUCUCUUUGAAAACGCUGGUUGUUCUGUAUGUAAGUCUAUGAACUUGUUCCUGUGUGUUUUUCCUGUACCUCUGUACCUGUGUCGACCAGUAUUUGUGAUGCGGUAACGAUGGUUCCUCUGUCCUUGAUUAGUCGUGGUUAGAGAUUAGGAGCUGUUUGGUCCAUCGAUAAUCUCUGUCAGUGAUCAGCAGUGUCUUUUCUCUCCACCGUCCUCAGAAAUGUGUCCGUCUGAUGAUGAUGAGAGUCUUCUUCAACAGGCCUCCACAAGCUUAGCUUUCUGAAACGAUGUUCCCAUUCUGUUCCCAUUCCCUCACAGCUUGUAAAUUUGCCACCUGCCCUCAUGGGAACAGGAUUUGCCUAUAAAAGCAGUAGACCUCUGCCUGACGUCUAAGCUUGUGGACUUGUGGGGAGUAUUUUGCACAUGCCAUUGUUUCUUCAGCAGCAGUCUUCAGCUUUUUUGCCUUUUGCCUAUAACAAUAACUAUAUUAAACAAAUUAAAAUGCUUGUACAUAUCACAUAGCACUUGUUAUAUUGUAUUCUAGUUCUUUUUGUCUUUUUUUUUUUUCUUAAUUUGACAUGUUUUGUAGUACUGCUUUUUUCAUGAUUACGUUUGUCAAUCAAACAGAUGUGGGAUGAAAAGUGGAAGUGUUCAUUGUUUCAUUUGUUUUUUAAAAUAAAAAUAUUCCUGAUUUGUA